AUUCAAACAGCUGACACUCAAAGAUGGUAGGGGGCGUGUUGUUGUUUUGGUGCAUAGAAGAAGUUGUAGAAAGAAAAGGAUAUGGCUGGGUCCAGCAAGGGAAGUUGUUUAAUCAUCGUUAGUUCACAUUCAGAUGGUGUUCUUGCACAGUCUUUUAUACAUUCCUUUACACUGACUCACUCAGCCUUCAAUGUUCAGUUAGCAGCACCAGUGGCGAAAGCUAUUGAUUUCAUUAAACAAGAUGAUAACAGUAGAAAAUGGUUAAAUGAAUUUCGUACAAAGCCUUUUGCUACACCAGUCAGACUGGAAACUAUUGAAGCUAGUCGGUAUUCAGCCCUUCUUUUCCCCGACGCACCUGGAGCAUUACAUGAUUUGUCAUCCAACUCUGAACUUGCCAAUAUUAUCCAACAUUUUAUUCACGAACAAAAGCCUAUUUGUGCCAUUGGAUCAGGUGUAGCUGCACUGUGCUGUGUCAAAGAUAAGUACAAAUGGGGCUUCUCCAACUAUUCAAUGACAGGCCCAUCUGUGUAUGAACUUGCCCAGUCAUCAGGUUUUGGUGAAAUUCCAAUUAUUCUUGAAGACUUUAUCAAAGAUAAUGACGCUACUUUUAGUGCAACUUUGCCAAACUGUGUACAUAUUGUUGUUGAUCGCCAUCUGAUAACUGCACAAAAUGAUGUAUCCACGUUGACUGCUGUUCAAAACCUAAUCCUCUUGGUCAAUGCAAGACAAGGAAAAAAUUUAUCCCACUAGAUUGAAAAACCUACAUUAUGAAAACACAGACCAACAUAAUUGCAUUAAUAUUGAGCAAAGUGUACAAAAUUAUAUUCGCACAGUUUUUCAUGUAUAAGAUUUCAGAUGUAUAAAAUAUUGAUUCUUGCACAUCGAUAUAUUUCAUGGGAAAUAUAUCUCAAGGUAUCUGUCAUGUGAUUGGCUACUUCAGUGCAGUGUGUUCACAAAAGUUAAUAUGAUGGUCGUUGGCCGUCGUGAUUCCAUGAAGUACGCCACAAAGUGCGCGCAACGGAUCAAUUUUGACGACUAUCUGUUCAGAAAGCUACCGACAAUCUGCACACAGUGUCACGUUAUCUACCACUCACAGGGACCAGAGUUUGAUUUGUCGGCUGACGGUCGUACAGCCUGGCACGCCGCAGAGAGUGAUCAACUUAACAUGCAACAAUCACAUAGACUCAUAAGAUUGAGAGUGAGAGUGUGAUUUCAUGAGAAAAAGUAAAAUUAUUACCUUUAGAGUGAGUGUUACUUGUUAAAGUGUCACUUUGAGAAGAGUGGUAUAGUAAAGUAAUACUUGAAGAGCGAGAGUUAGAUAAGUGAAAGUUUCACUGCAAUAUUAAGCAAGAAUUUUACUUAAAAAGUAAAGUUUUAUUACAUAAGUGAGAUAAAGGUGACAAAUAUACAGUAGGUAGUGGAGUGAGAAGGGUAAAUCAAGAGCGAGGUAAAGUGUCACACUUCAAGAGUAAUAGUUUCACUUCAAGAGUGUUGGAUGCUUUUUAUUUGCAUUACAAUAACUUGGACGAAAAUAAUUUCAACCUGUUUUAUUUAGACAACACUACAGUAAUCAGAAUGUAAAACUUUAUAUAAAUUGUAUGGAGCGUGCUAAUAUGCUAAUGAAUAUGUUAUAAUAACAUAUUAAAUAAUAUAAUACAGUAAUAUAUAUUAAAUAUAUUAUUUUAUAUGUAAGUAAACCAGUAGGCCUACUGUAUGACAGAAUUUGGAUCUUGUUUAGUGUAAUCUUGGAGAAGCUUUUACCUUGUAGAAGGCCAUGAGUGAGGCCAUCGGUGGUGGUGAUGAUAAUGAUUUCUCAUGAAUUGUUGUUACAGUAUUAUUCGUGACCUCUAAUGUAAUUGUUACAUUAGAGCUGGUUAUUUUUACAUUUUCACUUUCAUUUAUAGGCUUUGUAUCAUAUGAACAUUGUUUUUGAAAUACAGAGAGUAAUAUAAAACAAAAUACUAAGGUUUAAAGCCAAUUGGAUAUCCCUAGGAUACCAAACAUUAGGCCGACCAGCCCUCCUUAAACUAACGUUAGAAUACCGCACUUUCGGCGGUAAAGAACAAUUAAAACCUCAUAAAAAAGGCAACUAAUCCGUUUACCUAUAAUUGAAUCUAAGGACACCAGUGUUAAACUCUCAGUACUUAUCCUUGAUAAUGUGUUAAUCCAAUUAAUAUAGUGAGAUAAUGUAACAUUAGUUUAUCGUGGGCGGGUUGAGCUAAUUAAAACCGACAGCGUAAACGUACGUAAAUGUGUGUGUUUGUGGGGCAACACGUUUGUUGUUGGAAAAGCGCAUAUUUCUGCCCUAUUCUGAUUGGUCAGUUGUUAGUUUGUCUCUGUGAAAAGGUCUAUUAUGAUCUAAUAAAGCUUUAUUAUGGUCUAAUAAAGGUCUAUAAUGGUGAGGAUCUAAACUAAGGUAAAAAUAUAUUGACUAAAAUAUGUGUAAACAAUGCAAUAUGAAAUUUAAUAAUAAUAAUGGGCUACCUAUUAUUAAUGCAUCAUCUUUUAAGAAGAGUAGAUAAAAGGUACUGGUAAAGUGUACAUUUCAGUGGCGUAUAAAGCAAUGGUUCAAAGACACAGAAUUUGUGACAUUUUAAAAGCAUAUUUUUACACGUUCUUUUCAUUAAGGGGCCUUGCAUGGCCGAUUUUGUGCUUAUUUUUAAUUGAGUUUCUCUACCAAUUAUCAUCCCUAGUCUCCUGGCUUUACCAAUUGAUAAAAGAACUCAACAUUAAAUAAAACAUUCCCUUUUGUACUUAAGGUUACUUAGAUUCUAUACGAAGUAUAAUUAUUAAAAAUUAUAAAAUACACUCGGA